UUUCUCUCAACAGUUUAGAUUGAAAAACCUAGAUUUGAUCGAAGCGCCAUCUUUCUCGCUUUAUCAACUCACCAUACCAAUUCCAUGGCGGGGAAGAGGCUAUUUCAAGAUUUGGAGUCAGAUCAAGAAAACAAAUCCCAGAAACGAUUCAAAUCUCUACCACUAUUUGCCUCUUUCAGUGUGUUUGGAGCAUUGAAUACAGAAACCACGUUGACGAGCUUAUCGUUAGCCCUAGAGCCUCUUGUUAGAAAAGUUGUAAGACAAGAAGUAAGUAAAAAAAUUCGAUCAUUUUCUCGGUCGUCGUCGUUUCGAGUUGAAGCUCCGGAGAACAUUGCUCCGACAUUAAAGCUAAUGUUCGCUAAGAAUAUACAGACGCAACAAAUAUUCACGGGAAGUAAAAUCACUGACGUGGACAACGCUCCACUCCAGGUCAUCCUCGUCGACGGUUCAAACAAUGAUCAUCAGAUCGUUCCUGUGAAUCUUGACCGUCCGAUCAGACUAGACAUCGUUGCUCUUCACGGAGAUUUUCCUUUGGGUGAUAAAUGGAGUAGCGAUGAGUUUGAGCGUAGUAUAGUCAGAGAAAGGGAUGGGAAACGGCCGUUAAUUGCCGGAGAAUUAACUGUGACGGUGAGGAACGGAGUAGGAACGGUCAGAGAUAUUGAGUUUACCGAUAACUCGAGAUGGGUUCGUAGCCGUAAGUUUAGAAUUGGCGUGAGAGUUGCCAAAGGGAGUAGCGGUCUAGGCGUUGCGGUCUGUGAAGCCAUGACUGAAGCAUUCAUUGUUAAAGAUCACCGUGGAGAACUGUACAAGAAACAUCACCCACCAAUGUUAGAAGACGAAGUCUGGCGGCUAGAGAAGAUACGCAAAGAUGGGCCCUUACACAAGAAGCUCUCGUCUGAAAACAUCAACAAUGUUCAAGAUUUUUUGAAGUUAUCAGUCAUUGACCUUGACAGACUCCGUCAGAUUAGCCAAAUGUCUGAUAAAAUUUGGGAUGUCACAUUGAAACAUGCUAGAGAGUGCAUUUUGGGAAACAAGUUAUACGUUCACAGAGGACCUAACUUUUUCUUGACCUUGAAUCCGAUAUGUGAAGUUAUGGAAGCAGAGAUCAACGGUCAGUUUUUUUCCCGUCGAGAAGCGCAGAAUCAGCUCUAUAUUAAGAAGUUAGUUCGAGAUGCUAACUCAAAGUGGAAUUUGUUAGAAGUGAUGGAAAGAAAAACGAAUGAGACUCCUCUUUUGACACAAGGUGAUACUAUUGACCAGCAAUAUGGUGCAAACCACUACCACAACAACAUGGAAAUCAAUAGGUCGUAUCAACAAAACGGAUAUGCUCCAGAGGGAUCUACCAACACUUUGGAGAUGAUAAACGAAGGGUAUACUACGACGAGUCCAAUGGAACUCGGUGUAUAUUUCAAUAUUACCGGAUCGUCGUCCCAAGGUCAUCUUAACCCUUUCGGUUAAUCCUCAUCUAAGACGCUUCUUGUACUCUCACACGAUGAUUAGACUCCUUUCCAAAUAAGAGUUUAGUCUACUACUUGAUAGAAACAUGGAUUAUAUAUAUACUUAUAGAUCAUUAUUGUACAUAGUUGUGUGAAAUUUAGAGAAAAGAGUAGGAGUAAUAAUAUUUAGCUGAAUGGUGUAUUGCUUGUUUUACGUUUUCGAAAUGAAAACGUGUUUUCUGCUGUUGUUGUUUUUUA